GGAAGGGGGGCAGGAGAAAAAAGCUUUUCCAAAAAAGUAUUGGCUGUCUUGAGGAAUGCGGUCGCCCCCUUGGGAAAGUACAUAUCUGGGAGCAGCAAGCGGCUCCGCGCUCGCACUCCCGCUCCUCCGCCCGACCGCGCGCUCGCCCCGCCGCUCCUGCUGCAGCCCCAGGGCCCCUCGCCGCCGCCACCAUGGACGCCAUCAAGAAGAAGAUGCAGAUGCUGAAGCUCGACAAGGAGAACGCCUUGGAUCGAGCUGAGCAGGCGGAGGCCGACAAGAAGGCGGCGGAAGACAGGAGCAAGCAGCUGGAAGAUGAGCUGGUGUCACUGCAAAAGAAACUCAAGGGCACCGAAGAUGAACUGGACAAAUACUCUGAGGCUCUCAAAGAUGCCCAGGAGAAGCUGGAGCUGGCAGAGAAAAAGGCCACCGACGCUGAAGCCGAUGUAGCUUCUCUGAACAGACGCAUCCAGCUGGUUGAGGAAGAGUUGGAUCGUGCCCAGGAGCGUCUGGCAACAGCUUUGCAGAAGCUGGAGGAAGCUGAGAAGGCAGCAGAUGAGAGUGAGAGAGGCAUGAAAGUCAUUGAGAGUCGAGCCCAAAAAGAUGAAGAAAAAAUGGAAAUUCAGGAGAUCCAACUGAAAGAGGCCAAGCACAUUGCUGAAGAUGCCGACCGCAAAUAUGAAGAGGUGGCCCGUAAGCUGGUCAUCAUUGAGAGCGACCUGGAACGUGCAGAGGAGCGGGCUGAGCUCUCAGAAGGCCAAGUCCGACAGCUGGAAGAACAAUUAAGAAUAAUGGAUCAGACCUUGAAAGCAUUAAUGGCUGCAGAGGAUAAGUACUCGCAGAAGGAAGACAGAUAUGAGGAAGAGAUCAAGGUCCUUUCCGACAAGCUGAAGGAGGCUGAGACUCGGGCUGAGUUUGCGGAGAGGUCAGUAACUAAAUUGGAGAAAAGCAUUGAUGACUUAGAAGAUAAGUUUCUUUGCUUCACUUCUCCCAAGACUCCCUCGUCGAGCUGGAUGUCCCACCUCUCUGAGCUCUGCAUUUGUCUGUUCUCCAGCUGACCCUGGUUCUCUCUCUUAGCAUCCUGCCUUAGAGCCAGGCACACACUGUGCUUUCUAUUGUACAGAAGCUCUUCGUUUCAGUGUCAAAUAAACACUGUGUAAGCUAUUUCUGUUUGCUAUUCUUUUUACUUCUUAUUUAUUGACAUUUUAGUUUCAACAUUGAAUAAAACUACAAAGCUGCUUCCCACAUAUGAGGGUUAGUGUUUGGCUGCUGCUUUUUCUUUUUAAAUUCUGAACACUAUACAGAAUUAUAUCAGGAGUUUCUAAAGCAGUAGUUCCUUGUUGAACUUCAAAAAAAUACCAAGGCCUGCAUUCCCUCUCAGAGUUCUGAUUUUCAAAGGUUAGAAUGAGGUCUGGACAUCUGGGGGGGGUUUGGGGGAAUUGUGAUGGCUCUGCUUUGCAGUCUGGGUCACACAGGGGACAUUGCUUGUUGAGAGUUGAAAGGUCUGGCUUGAUCAGUGUCUUCCUUUGCUGGACGUUUAGCUCGGGAUGUAGUGACCCCUCUGUGUUGAUUAUUUCGGUGGCCUUACUUGGGAGGACCUGGCUAACUAAUGAAAGGCUCAUGAUGAAUGGUUCUGUAGCUGUCCCAUAUUACUAGGAAGUUAUACAUUGAGAAGGGUGAAAAAGAACUUGGAUUCAAACAAUGUAAGUUUUGGUUAUUGUCGAUCAUCCUUUUAUAGCACAAAGAAAAGUUCAAGCUUUUUUGAAGUAUGUUCAUGACUCAGCCACCUUUAUUUUGAUCAUGAAAAUGACAUCUUAGGUUUUCUAAAUAUGAUUACUCUGUUUAGUUGUGAUUUGUGCUUUUUAGCACAUACUCUUUGGGAGGGAUUGUACAUAAUCUUUGUGUUCAAUGGCUGUGUUUUCAUUUGUGGACAUUUUUAAAAUAUAGCAAUGAAAGUUUCUUUUUUUUUUUUCCCAAAAAGAUAGUUGGUGGAAAUUGUUCAGAAGACAAUUGUAUUUCAUUUGGGCUUCUGUUUUCUUUCACAAACAGCAAUUAAGUGAUUUUUUAAAAAAAUACAGUGCAAAAAAUAGAACUUUAACUAAUAUGGACUUUAGUGUUAUAAUUCCCAACAUUUCUCCUUCCUCAACAGUCUAGCUAUAUAUUUCUCCUGUUUUUUUUUUUAACAUGGAUGAUCUGCAUGUUUUGUAUAUAGUUUUUUCAGCCCGAGAGGGCUGAUAUACCACCAUACUCAAAUAAAUUUGGACAAACUCAGAAGAUAGUGUCAUUCUUACUCUAAAGAGACUUCGAAGCAUAGAGGAAAUACUUUUUUUUAAAGAAAGCUGUGAAUUAAAGUAUUUUAGUCGUAGUAUGGUGGACUUUUAGAAUCUGGACAAUGUCUCUCCCUUGAGUUUAUAAAGACUUCCAUGAUUUCAUGUUUUUCUUUUCUUAAGGCUCCUUGGGCCUGCUUCUGACUUGGGCCUUCCUCAUUCUUUUUUAAAUUCAGAAUAAGAGAAGUGUACCCUUCUCUGAGUAAAUCCUGCUUCCCGAUGUAGACAAAAUGCCAAGUCUGAAAGUUCUGCUGAGCAGAUGUUCAUGUAAUUCUGGAGGCACAUCUGUGUUUUGGAAAUCCUUCCAGAGACUUUCUCACUUUCUAUAAGUACACUCUACAAGGGGAAGUGGGGCACUAAUGGACUGGGAGGGCAGGUCAGGAGUAGCCCAAGGUAUGCAUGUGCAAGAGGAAAACUUGAUAAACUCAAGUUUAUCAAGAAAUUGUUGAUUUCUUGUUCAACUGUUGAUUUGAACCAGGCUUCUGGUUCAAAGGGCCAGGCCAUAGCUACAGCUGCUCUGGUGGGCCAAACCAAAAGCAUCACUGAGUUUGGGCACUUGAAGUUUCAGACAGCUGGGAGUCUCCAUAGAACCGGAAGGGAAAACAUUUCCAAGGAUAUGAGCAUGUCUUGUCCCUGCCUUUGGGCCACCCAUGCACACCAGCUCCACAGCAGCUGAAGCAGAGCAGAUCCAGAGGAGGCUGUCGGAGGGACCACUGUCCUUCCUGCUGAAUUCAUACUGACCCUCUGGAUUCUCCAGAUUUUCUCCAAAGUUCUUCCAUUCUAGCCUGGCCAAACAUUUGGGCUCAGCAAACUGAGACAAGCUCCCCACCCAUGGUGACACUUCCUAUGUCCAUAGUGUGAAUGUAGUAAUGGGAUUUAUGUCUUGGAACCCCCAAGCAUAUGUCACGUGCAAAACACCGUGGGAAGCAGUGGGGGUGUGGUAGAGAUGGGCUGGAAAGGCUCUUUGUCCUCGAUAAGCUGGCCAUCUGGUGGGGAGGUAGAGGAGUGAAGCGAGUCCGAACUAAUAGGCAUGUGUAUUUGGAGGCAACAAGGAAGAGAGAACCAUUCUGACUGGGAGCUCCCUGGAGGAGGUAGCAGACAUUUGACUGGUGUUUGGCAUAUUCAAAAAAUGUGGAUGAGCAAAGAAGACAGAGCAGCAGAUAUUCCAAGCAAGAAAACAUAACAAGCAUAGCAUCCUCCCAUGUCCUACCAUUUAUGAGAGAAUGUUAAUGUGAGAACUGCUCAGUCUCCUGACAGACCUGGGGGCUGCAGGCACAUUUUCCCUAGGGGUAGGUCUGUUAGCUUUUCAAGAUCAUGAAGUAUUUUUAGGUCCAAGUUGUCACCAGCAUUCAAAGCCACCGUGCAUCCUCCAGCUGUUCCCAGUGCAUACCGGGCUCUUGCUUGUCAUAGCUUGGAUGUCCCCUGGAUCAUCAGAUACAGACUGACUCCUGCACUUGUUUUCCCCCGUGAGCAGAUCACGUGUCAGUGUGUAAAAUGUAUAUCACGCUGGUCUUCAUGUAGGUGUUGCAAGUUUCGUUCAUUUUAUACACAUCCAUUAGCACCACACAUGAAUGCCAUCCUCUUCAAGAAGUAAGCAGAUAGGGCUGGGCGCGGUGGCUCAUGCCUGUAAUCCCAGCACUUUGGGAGGCUGAGGCGGGCGGACCACAAGGUCAGGAGAUUGAGACCAUCCUGGCUAACACGAUGAAACCCCAUCUCUACUAAAAAAAUACAAAAAAAUUAGCCAGGCGUGGUGGCGGGCGCCUGUAGUCCCAGCUACUAGGGAGGCUGAGGCAGGAGAUUGGCAUGAACCCGGGAGGUGGAGCUUGCAGUGAGCCGAGAUCGCGCCACUGCACUCCACGCUGGGGGGCAGAGUGAGACUCAGUCUCAAAAAAAAAAAAAAGCAAGCAGAUAAAUUCUAAAUCA